AUGGCUGGUACCUAUGACACUGAACAACAGACAAUAAUUGACAGAAUUAAAUGUAUUGCUUUUCGUGAAGCUCGUGACGCUUGUGCAACAUUCAUAAAUAGAAAAUGGAUCACGAACAAAAUUCACUGCACGAUUCGAUUAGUAAUAGAAUGGUGGGAAAAUUCAUAUGACCAAUGUUUUACUCAUUAUUCAAAUACUGGUUCUAAACUCAAAUUAUCAAAAGCUAGUCACGACAUCAUUCGUAAAGCAAGUGGUCGACAAGGAAAAAGUUGUUCUGUUGUGGUGAAGGAGAUUGCAGAAAAACAAAAAGAAACCGCCGUUCGAAGAACAAUCAAUAAUUACCGUCAUAGAGAAGGAUUAAAACCAUUGCGUGUUAUUCCAAAAUCAUUAAAAUCUGAAACUCAUAUAUCAGAUCGUUUAUGGUUGAGUGGUUGGUUAAAAAAUUGGACUGAAGAGGAUUUUCUGCAUCUUGCACCAUCUGAUGAAUUUUAUGUCUGCACCGCCCAUAGAUCAUAUUAUCAAAAUGAUAGAAUUUGCGCAAGAAGUAUCGAAGAUAUUGAAGAACAUGAAAGAUACCGUGAAAUGGUUAAAAAUCAAAUAUGCAUAGGGCUUUUUAUUAUGUUUACUUGCAAAACGUUACUUUGUGUGAUUAAAGAUAAAGGUGACUCUUGA